AUGGAACCAGUGAAACGAGACCUGGAGCUGCUCAGUAACAGCAUGGCGACCUACGCUCACAUCAGAGCCAAUCCGGAGAGUCUGGCUCUUUUCUUCAUGACGGGCGUCUGCUUCGGGCUCUUCACGGCGCUCUGCCUCCUGCUGUUCAGCAUCGCCUGCAGGACUCACCGCCUCAGACCUCCUCCUUCUCCUGAGAGGCGGCGGCUGAAGGAGUUCAGCGAGGAUGAUGAUGAGGAGAGCGGUUCAGAGGAAGACAACGUGGACCCUGAGGCCCUUAAAGGGACUUUGGGCCCCCGGAGCGAGCGCAGCAGCCACGGCACCCUGAGGAGCGUGGACGUGUUCACCUCGGUGGAGGAGAUGGAGAAGGCCAGGCGUCUGGAGGAGAGAGAACGGAUCGUCCGGGAGAUCUGGAGGAACGGGCAGCCUGAUGUUCUGGUCACGGGGACCGGGACCCUCGGACGGGUCCAUUACCACUGA